AUGUCUUUUGUUAACUUAGUAAAGCUUAAAUUCUUUGUAAUCUUACUCUAUUCCUGCGUAUUUUGUGUUUCCAAUAUUAGCUCACACUAAUGUUCUCACGAUACAAUUGAUUAUUCCACCAUAUUACCAUAAAAUUUCUUUGCAUAAUAUAGUAAUAAUUACCCAAAUCAAUAGUUUUAAAGUGUUAACGCAUAGCCAAUUAGGGUUACUUAUGAUUUUAGUUUAAUUCCUGAUUAAUAUUAAUCUAUUCCUAGCUCUUUCAUUCAAGCUUAGUUAGAAAAUUUAGUACUCUACAUGUAAUAUUUCAUAAAGGUUGUCCCUAGAUCUUCCCCAAUAAAAAAUGCUUCUCAGAGAUUAGGCUGUAAUAACUACACAUAUCCUUCUUCUUUUAUAACUAAUGGUAUUCAGAACUCUGACUUUCAUUUAUUCAUAACUUAUAUAGACUCUAAUUUCCCUAAUGCUUCUCCAGUAUAAGCUUGGUGGUGUGAAGUAGAUCCUAAUCCGGUCGCUGCAGUCUUUUAGGUCAAUUAUUCAGUGAUAAAAUUUUAUUACCCGUCAGAGUAUGUUACAACAAAUAUUUUUAAAAGCUUAAUUCAUUAAUUCAUUCAUGUCUUAGGAUUUUCUCAUACACUUUUUCCAUUUUGGAUUGACAAUAAAAGUAAACUUCCUUAUGGGAAUAAUAUUAGCUAACUUUUAUCUACAUAUUCUUUUGGAAAUAUUAACUCUCAUAUUAUUUAAUCUUUCAACUUAAAAUAUUUUGUUAACAAUUAUUAUGACUGCUCUAACUCAGAGGGUAUGAUAUUAGAAAAUUAACCAAUUGUAAAUAAUUAAGUUUCUCAUUUUGAAUUUGAUUUGGUUGGAAAUGACUUAAUGACUGAAAAUACUUUUUUAUACCUAUUAUCUUAAUUGACUUAAAUGACAGUAUUUCUAUUAAGAGAUACAGGAUUCUAUGAUACAAUUAAUGAAAAUAUGCUUAAUGUGUCAGAAAAUUGGUGGGGAAAAUCUGAAACUUGCGAAUUCAUUUGGAAAAGUUGUAGGUCAACAGCUUAAAAUUUUUUGGAAUUCAAUAAGGGUGCUGACUAAGCCUGUGAUUUUUUCUAAUAAGGGUUUUCAACUCCUUCAAUUCCAACAAACUCAUAAUGCAACAUGCCUUAAAUCGAAAUUGUUAAUUUGUGUUAAAAUUCAAGUUAAACACCACCUGAUUAGAUUAAUAGAAUGAAUACUGGAGUCAACUCCAGAUGCUUUAAGUCAAAUGCCUACUAAACAUAAGGAGGUUCUAUUACGACAAACGUAAAAUGCUUUAAAUCUACAUGUGAUGCUUCAUUCUCAACAAUUUAAGUCACGAUAUGGGGAACUGAAACAGUCACUUGCACAUAUGCAAACGAAGUCAUUUAACUUUCGAAAAAUGGAAUGGGAACUUCUGGAUAACUUACUUGUCCUUCAAAUUUUAAAAUAUUCUGUAGUACAUUUAUAAUAGAAACUUGUCUUAGAAAUUGCAGUAAUAAUGGAUUUUGCAAUAAGGGUAUUUGCUUCUGCUAGAAUGGUUUUGUAGGAGCAGAUUGCUCUGCUAUAUGUCCAUAAAAUUAUGUCCUUGAUAACAACUAAUGUGUUUAAAAGUGUGGAUCUGGAAAAUACUAAAAUCCUAAUAAUACUUGUAAUGUUGGAUGUCCUUAAGGAUUUUAUGCUGAUGCAGUUACCUAAAAGUGCUAAAUUUGUCAUCCGUUUUGUUCUGCUUGUACUGGUCCUUCUUAAUAGGAAUGCUAAAAUUGUAACUUUCCCUAUAUAUAUAAUGCUGGUGCAUCUACUUGUACUGAUAGAAAAUGUGAUUCAAGUUGUGCAACUUGCUUUGGAUUAGAAGCAAAUAAUUGUCUUAAAUGCUUUAAAGGAUUCUAUUUAGAUCAAAAUAAUACUUGCUAAUAAUGCAGUCCUUAAUGUCUAGAGUGUUAGAGCACUAAAAGUUAAUGUACCUUAUGUUCAAACACUCCAAAUGUAUUUUAUACUUACAGUUAGAAAUACAAAACAUGCAUUUCCACUUGCGAUAAAUCUUGUAAAACUUGCACUUAACCUUAAUCACCUACAUCUUGUAUAAAUUGCUCAUAAGGUUUUAUUCGAUUUGGCUCUAAUUGUGUCACUACUUGUGAUAGCUCGUGUCUUACUUGUUUAUAAGCUAAUUCUCCUAAUUCUUGUACAUCUUGCAACCCUGGAUAUUUCUUAAACACUCAAGACUCCUCCUGCUAAAAAUGUUAGUCUCCAUGCUUAGAAUGUAGUAAUUCAUAAUCCCAGUGUAUUUCAUGCAUUCCAAAUUAUUAAUUAAAUUCUUAAACAAAUGUUUGUGAAUUGAUUUGUGAUUAAGCAUGUUAAAAAUGUUUAGCUCCAAACGACCCAACUUAAUGCGUUUAAUGUUCAGCAAAUUAUUUUUCAUAAUAAACAGCACCUCCUUAUACUUGCACUAAAUGCAUUUAUCCUUGUAUUUCUUGCUAAUAAUUCGGAUAGUGUCUUAACUGUGAUGCAGGGUAUAAUUUAAUAGGUAAUUAGUGCUAAAUGAUUUGUCAUCAAUCUUGUUAGACUUGUACACAGCCUAAUAAUAGCAAUGCAUGCAGUUCUUGUUCUGAUAAAUAUUUUCUAUAAGGAUCAAAAUGCUUAGAAUGUUAAUCUCCUUGCCAGAAUUGUGUAGAUUCAAGUACAAAAUGUACUUCAUGCAUUUAAAAUUAUUAAUUAUAAAAUAAUCAAUGUGUUUCUGAGUGUGAUUAGUCAUGUUUAACAUGUUUGCAGCUAAAUGAUAAAAAUAGUUGCUUAACAUGCUAAACAGGAUUUUAUUUUAAAUAAAACUCUUAAGUACCAGUAAAAGGGUAAUGUAUACAAUGCUCUAUUAAUUGCUUGAAAUGUGAUAUCUUAUAAAGUAGCUCAUAAUUAUAAUGUUUGGAAUGUUAAGAUGGCUUUUAAUUAAAUAGUUUAGGAGAAUGUGUUAAAUGCGAUUCUACGUGUAAAACAUGCUUCUUGCCUAAUAACCCUUAAGCAUGUGAGCUAUGUUUUCCAUCAUACGAUUUGACAUCAAAUCAUUCAUGUAUUUAAUGUUAAUAGGGAUAUUAUUUUUCUGAGUAAAAUUAGGAGUGUCUUUAAUGUCCUAUGGGGUGUUUAUCUUGCUCUUCAAAUUAAAUUUGUAAUUCAUGCGUGUAAGGAUAUACUUUAGACAGUAACAAUAAUUGCACUAAUACAAUAAAAUGCCAUUUAACAUGCAAAUCUUGCACCAAUACAUCUUAUCAAGGAUGCAUGGCUUGCUCUUCCAACAGAGAGUUAAAAAUUUUAAAUACUGAAUAUUAAACAGGAAUUUGUGAUUGCCCUAAAGAAACCACAGACAACGGAGGUGAAAAGUGCGAGUUUAGUAAUGUGCAAGAAAUAGUUGCUAAAACUUCUUAACUUUCUUUCUCAGUCUCUACAUCAAUAAUAUCUAUUGCAUCUGUAAUAAAUUCAAAUCCUAUCCCUUUUAUUAUGAUGAUGGAAUUUUGCUAGAGUGUUAGCUAUUUAUCUUACGUUAAUUACAAACCAGCUAUGGGAUUGGAUAGCGUUUUAAAUUCAGUUUCAUUAAUAAAUCUCUCAAAAGUAAAAAUAUUUAAUAAUAUAUUUGGCUCGGAUAAUGAGAGUAAUAAGAGGCUACUUGAUAGUCCUUAGGAAGUCUAGCCAAGCCAAAGCUCUCCAGAUGAUAAUAGUGUUAAAUUCUAGCUGAAUGAUAAAAGCACAUCUUUCUUAGAAAAUUCAUUUUUGAUUGUGGUAGUAAAUUUUAUAAUUUGGCUUUUAGCUGGAAUUUUUUCUUUGGUUAAGAUUAAGCGAUACAGUAACUUUCUUUCAAAGGCAAGAAGAAUUUUUUGUAUUUCUGCUCCUGUUGUCAUAUUUUUACUUAGUAGCCAGGAAUAUAGCUUGUUGGUUUUUUUGCAAUUGAAAUCUCCUUAGUAUGAUACAACAUAAAACAUCAUUAACUUAUCUUUUGCAUUGGCUUCAAUAGUUUAUAUUUUUGUAAUGUCGCUCUAUUUAACUUACUAGCUUCAACGAAACAUCAAAGUGAAAUCUGCUAAAAAAUAUUAUUCAGAUGUAGAAAAUAACAAAUCUAUUAGGAACGAACAAUCUUCUUACAAGAAAGGUAAAACGGAUUAGAAUCACAAUUCGUCUAGCUAUGGAGCACCUUCUAGGGCUGAUUUCUCAAAUUAAAAAAUAGUUUAUCAAAGACCAUCUCAAUUAGAUUUGGCAAAAAAUUAAUCAUCUUACAAUGAAACAUCAGAAGAAAAGUCAGUGUUUUCAAAGUUUAAAACUUAAUCUAUACAGAAUAAUCAAAUUCCUUAUUAUAAAUUAAGAUUAUAUUUAAUUUAUAAAUACGUUAAGUAAGAUAACGUAAUGACUCGUCACUUUGUUUAAAUAACUGUUUUACGUAAAUUAAUCAUUUCGAUUUCUUGUGUUGUAAUUACAGAAAAUCCGAUAGCAUAACUGAGUUUGCAACUUUUUAGCUAUGUGGUUUACUGCAUUUACUUGCUUGUAGCAAAACCUCUUAAAUAUCCAUAACAGAUGCUCUCAAUGUGUAUAAUAGAUUCAAUUAUCUCAAUAUUGCACAUUAUGUACAUAAUUAUGGUAUCGUACUCAGAUAAUGAAUUCCUUUAAAAGCUUAUGUCGCUAUUGAUCCUCUCUACAACAAUAAGUGUCUUUAUAUUAUUUUUUGUUUAUUCAGUUUUCAUAUUAGUAAAGCUAUUCUAUUUACAGCUAAUGAAGUGUCUGUAUAGAAAUUCAAUAGUAAAAGUUAAAAAAGACUUAAAACCAAUUGAAGAACUGAAUAUCAUUAGUAAUGAUAAAAAGGAUGAAACUAUUCAACAUAUAAUUCAUUAAGACAAUACAGAUUAAAUAAAAAGUCCAACACUUAUUUAUAAUAACUCAUCAAAAUUUAUCUCUCCAAAAUAAUCAUCAAGAGAAAGUAUUACCAUAAAAUAAUGA